GCAGCCGGCGCAUUCCAUACUGAGUAUGACGGAGUCUAUGCCACCGAGGAGGUCAUUGAAGGUAAUGGCACCGACCAGGAGGAGAUCGACAACAUCGAGCACUACAUCAUGGAGCUCCAGGACGAAGGACCUUCCGAAGACACCGCCCUGAGCGAAUCCGAGGCGGCAGAGAUCCUCUCCACCUACCUUCAGCAGAAGAAGACCUAUACACAGUCGAUCAAGGACAAGAAAACCAAGGAACUCGCCCGAGGCUAUGGAGCUGGUCGACGACCAAACUUCAGCUUGAAUCGGGGAGAUCGAGAUCGACCUCUACGACCUGGAUCCUACUCCGUAACGAUUGCCGAGCUGCAGAAGAGGACCCGCUGCCGACAAUGUGGUCAGAUCGGCCACUGGAAACGGGAUUGCAAGAACCCUCCCAUGAAACCAGGCAGCUCCUCAUCGAUGAGCGCGUCUCGAACGAACGAGACACACCUUUUGGAAAGCACACCCGAGGUGCAUUUUGUGGGCAGUCUGGAGAAGGAAGAGUUCAUCGACAAGAAUCUCUCCAGCCAUGGACCAACCAGCUCCUCGCCUUUUGAGAUGACAGGGACAAGAACACCUGAGCCGCUCAUCCUGAGGACUUCAAUCGAAGGCCAGCCGGACUGUACAGAUGUAAACACCGGCCAGAAGCGCAGCCGACAUGCUCCACCGGAGACUUCGAACCCGGAGGACAAGGCCGUGAAAGCCUGGACUCAAUUGACCCGUCGGCUACUGGUCGUGCUUAUGCCCCUUCAGUACCUGUUCGAACGCCUCUUGGAGACCAUCAUGGGAGCACAAUCCCAACGCCGGGUUCUGGCGCGUCUGAUCGAGAACAUGUCCGACGAGGAGCUCCACCACGUGACCAAGAUGGCCAAGGACGAGAUGAAUCGUCGCGGCGAACUAUCGGACACAUUCAUCGUGAUCAGGGACCCGGAACAACGCUCGGACGGAUCUCAGAGGAAGGUUCAGAAGGAGACUUUGGUGAGAACUCAGCGCUGCGACCAGAUCGACAGCCUGCCGGGGAUCGAGAUGCUGACUGGACCCCGACCUCGUUGCCGAUGCGGCCUACAGGUGAAGAUUCAUCUGAGCACCGAGGUCAACCACGAGGAGGAGAUCUACUUCCGAUGCCCGAAGUACCCAGGACAACAGUGCGAAUUCAAACAAUGGACCCCUUGCCAGCCAUUGAAAGAUGUGACCAGCUGGAAGUACCGCCAGCAGCCAGGCGAAAAGCCCAAGUCCUAUGCCGAGGUGCUGGAGGGGAUGGUUCAGGAAAUUUGCCCGCACUCCGCCACGCAUCGAAAGGGAUCCAAUGCCUUCCUGACCAAGGUGACCUGCCGCUACUGCAACAAGGUGAUCAGACAGGAAAAGAAAGCGGUUGUCACGGAGACGGUGUCUCCCAGCAGCCCAUCAGAGACACUUCCUCGUCCUUCAACUCCGACGCCAACAUCACCUCAGGAAGGGAUGACCGAACCAGAGGACUACCAGGACUUCAUGGACUUCCUGCGCUGGCGCCGAAUGAAGGGCCCUUCAAGCCAGUGA